CAAAUCGUGUGCAUAGUGCUCGAAGUCAAUAAUAAGUGUUUCCAUAUUUUAGAAUUUAGAUCAGUAAAAAAAUUGCAGCGAUUAAAAAAAAAACUAACGAUUUGACAUAACCUCAAACUUAAGCACGGCACGUGGUGUGGAAAUAUUCUCACGUCGAAUUUACAGAGUUAUCCCAUGGAUUAUACGAUUCGCCAAGAAUACCCUGACCUUUCAAUGUUUCUCACGGUCUCUCCCUUUGGGAAAAAAAAUUUUAUAUCUUAUGGAACCCUUGCCGAGGGAUCGCGAAUUGGAAAGGUGGCAGAAUGCUCUAGGAUCUGGGCGAAUAUGUAAUGCGAGACGACCGACGACGCCCCAACGCCCAACGUACAGAAUCUUCGGCGCUCGCGGGCAUCGCCCGUUGUACAAAUUUCCCAAAUGGUCGAUAGAUUUUCCCUGCAAUUAUUCCACACGGCACGUGCUUACUCAGUCAUUAGUAUACUGGGCAAUUAAAGUAUUUUUCUGGGCGUGGCGGGAACCACACUGAUGGGUGACGAGUGGUGCAAGACCCUAUAAAAGCAGCGUUCUCCGGUUCUCCAGGCGCACUUCUACCCACAAGGUUUUCUCGUCGGUGGUGUCUCAGCAAAACGGCCAUGAGGCUAUUCAUCAUCCUGUCGCUUACGGCUGCAUUGGCAGUAACAGAAGGAAAGUACCAACUAGCCCACGUUUACGGCUAUCAGGGCCCAGCAGCGCCGUUGGCGCAUGACGGAAGAGUCAUCGAUACACCGGAAGUGACACAGGCACGAGCUGCGCAUCUUGCUGCGCACGCACAAGCUGCGGCUAGAGUCAGUCACAAAUACGAACCUUAUAACGAACUUUACCUGGAGGAAGAACCGUAUGAGAGUUCAUGGUCGAACGUUCCUGUUCCUCGUGGAUAUCACGGUCCGUUGGCGCCACUGGCUCAUGAUGGCCGAGUCAUCGACACACCUGAGGUUCAACAUGCCAAAGCUGCCCAUCUAGCAGCCCACGCUAAAGAAGCUGCUAAAGCUGUACAAUACGGAUAUGAUAAUGCUGUUUAUCCGGAACCUAGUGGACCCAGUGGACCAUCUUACUCACCGCAAAUACGCAUAGCUUAUGCACACGCUGCCCCCGUUGGAUAUACAGGACCUCUCGCUCCUCUGGGUCAUGACGGAAGAGUAAUAGACACACCGGAAGUAGCUCAUGCCAAAGCCGCUCAUCUUCGAGCACAUGCGUAUGCAACUGCCUUGAUGACUGGUCAACAUGGUCAUCAAAAUUAUUACUGACUUAAGACAUAAUCAUAAGAAAGCCAACCUAUAUGAAUGUUCGAUUGACCCGAGACUCGUUACCGAGUGAAGAAUCAAAAUAGCUACGAGGCUAUAGGAGUAUAAGACUUGACCAAUCAUUCAAGAAAUAUCAUAGAAAAACAAAACACUUAUUACCUUCCCUAAGAGUCUCCUUUAAUCAAAUCCAUUUUCGUUUCUACAAAAUGACUCUCAUUUCCACCAGCACGAUGUCUUCUCAUCCAUUAUUUGUAUCUAUGCGACCGUGUCCUUAAUAAAUCAUAUAUCGUACUCUAACCUCAAACUGUCAACCACUAAAUAUUCAUGAAAUUCAUAAAUUGCCUUUCUUCCCUCGGUAAUCACACGGUGAUUCACUCUCAGUUUCUAACCUCUCUUUGAACUCGUGUCACGCAGUUGAUUUUCGUUCCAUUGUGAUCGCGUCAUUGAUUACGAUGCAUUCAUUCCGGCAAACUGUGCCAGUUACGAUGCUGCCUUGUAGAUAGGUAACUAGGUACUUAGGUGGGUAGGUAGAUACUCGAGUAGGCGUUGCCAAUGAGAAAUCGAAAGGAAGAGCACUCCCAGACAGUACUUUGACUACAUCACGUAAUAGAAUGGAAAGAAGAAUUCAUGGCAUUCACCAGAAUUCACGUUUUGCCAAGUAAAGGGCAAAUAUCACUGUCAACAAUAGAAUCGCUUACACUGAUCAUAUGAAACUUCCACGGUACUAAUUGUAAUGGCAAUUACACUGAUUCUAACAUUGUAUAAUUAUAUACCGGCACGCUUAUCUGCAUACGUAUGUAUAUAAUACAGUCACAAUUAUAUACCCGUGACACGAAUUGAAUCAACAUCACGGAAUAAAUACCGGUGAAAAUGAACACGUUGUAUUGGAACUCUUAGUACUCGGUUUGGCCACCCCUUGCAUAUUGUCGCAUUCUUCGUCAAGCAUGGCCAAUCACGUCCUUGCGCACCAUUCAAGCUGUCGUCUGUGACGCAGAACGAGAUUAGACUGGUUUGACUGUGAGUCUGUGAUAAUGAAUUAUUAUAGGAUUGAUAUUCAAAUGA